AACAUAUACAAGGCACGUGUCGCCUCGAACGGUUCGAUAGGACAUACGGAGUAGGAGAAACUACGAUCCGCAGGAGCCUCAAAUCCCCAAAUCUAUACUCGCACGACCACCAACUCACCCCCAUCAAUUUCCAAAAAUACCCUCGAAAACAUUAUCUAUUUACACCUCAUACCCUUUCCUGCAAUCCUGCUGUCCUCCUUUACAAAAAGUCAAAAAGCUAAACUCACCUCCACUUUCUAUUUCUCUCUCUUCAUCCCUUUCACUUUCUCUCUCAUCACCUCCAUUAAAAUCAUCACAUUCACAAAAAAAUUUCCAUUGAUGAAGCAAGCAAAAACCCCCAUUUCUGGGUUUUUUGUUUUCUUACAUAAAAAUAGGAGAGAUAAACUUAAAAGCUCUGAUUUUUUAUCAUAAUCCCAGGGAAUUCAAUGCUGAAUCUUUAGCUGGGUUAUUCUCCAAUUCAUCUAUAUCCUCGAGAUUACUCGAGUUUUAACGAAUGUAUCGUGUACGAAUUCGGGUUAUUUUUAGUGAUGAUUGAAGAAUUGGAAAUUUGGAGUGCUUAAAUUUAUAAGAAGGGGAAAUUUGGUCUUUUUGGUUUUCUCUUAAGUGAAGAUCAGAUUGUCCAAUUUUGAGGGUUUGGCAUCUUUUUUGUUUUUUUUUGGAAUUGUUCCUGUUUUAUGAGUGGGAACGUGCUACUGUUGGAAGUAUUGAUUCCUUGCUAUCAGAUGAAGGUUUGAUAUAUUCUUGGUGGUGGGGUUUUAUUAAAUUUGAAGAUUUUUGUUAUUUUCAGGUAGGAGUUUCUGGCUAAGGUACUUGCUGCUAACUAUGGCAAAGGGAUCAAGAAAAAAGGUUGCCAGAUACCAGAAGGACCAGUCAGGAUGUAUGUGGGGUUUGAUUAGUAUCUUUGAUUUCCGCCAUGGUCGCUCCUCACAAAAAUUGCUGGUGGACAAGAAGCGGGGGAGCAGGCGACUAGAUGGGACUGCAUAUGCGAAUAUUAAUCUUGAGACAUUGACUGAUUCAUGUGAAAUCUGUAAUGACAAUGAAGGCUCGGUCCAAUGUGAAACAGCAGCAAGCGACAUUAGUAAAUUGAGCGUGAAAGAACUAAUGGAGGAAGAGAUGCUUGGGGAGCAAGAUCAGAAAAUUGCUAAUGGAGAAGCAAAGCUGAAUACAACAGGUGACGGAGGUAAUGUGAAGAAGAAUCGCCGAUGGAUGAGAAAUAAGAUGUCCCUUGAUCUAGAUGCUAGUGGCUUUGUUGCAGCCGAGGACUUAAAAGCUGAAAGGCCUAGCCACCGAAAGAACAAAUCCUGUGGUAGUGUCGACCUAAAUGUAAUUGUGGAAGAACUAUGUAACAGGAUUCACCAAAAGGGUACCAGUUGUCAGAAGCAUGGUCAAGAUAGAGAAUGUACCAUCCAAUCCACAGAAGAUCCUUCUGUCAUAGAGAGAAAAUUGUGGGAAUCAACAAAGGUGUUGGUGAAUCAUUUUACUGAUGGAAAUAGCUCCGGUAAAGAUGGUAAAAUUCAACCUUCAAAAGAACUCACCGAUGCCCUUCAGAUUCUGAAUUCACACAAAGAUUUGUUUCUGAAGCUCCUACAGGAUCCAAACUCACAGUUGGUGAAACACAUACAAAGUUCGCAGGAUAUUGAAGUUGAAGAAGGCAAGUUCAAAGUGCUGACAGGGUCUGACAUGCUACAGCAAGAUAUUGGUAAUGCUAAACAACAGAACUUCUGGAGGAGGUUUAAGGGCUUGGAGAGAAAUUCCUCAAGAAAAACCGAUACUUCAGAGGAUAUAAACAGAAUUGUUGUUUUAAAACCGGGUCCACCAAGCUCAAAUAAUUCUGAAACGGCCUCCCUGUGCAGUUCAUUACCAGGAUCUCCUCAGACCAAAGGAGACAAAGGUCAAUUUGAAAGAUCAUAUUCCCCCUUUUCCUUUUCCGAGUUUAAGAGAAAAUUGAAACAUGCCAUGAGGAAAGAGCAACAUAGGUUGUCCCAUCAACCGUCAGAUGAUCAUCCUACUCUGGCCAAUCAAGAGAAGAAAUUUAGUGGAGAAUUGAUUGGAAUGGCUUCUCCUAGUAGAGACCAUUUCUUUAUCGAAAAAAUACCUAAAACUUCAGUUGGCAAGACAGGAAAGCUAAAAGAUGACAGUGCUCUUACUCCUGAGCAAAGGGUAUCCAACAUUUAUAUUGAAGCUAGGAAGCAUCUUGCUGAGAUUGUAGGAAAUGGUGACAUAGAUGCAGAUAUUCCUAACAAAAAAGGGCCCAGGUCUCUUGGGAAAAUACUUGCUUAUUCCGGCUACAGUUCUCCUAUAUGCAGUCCUAGAACAGAGGGAGGUAUGAAAUCGCCACCCAAUGGGGAAUGUCAAACAGGCGAUGAGAAGUCAUCUCAAAUCACGCAAACAAGCUAUGUCAGCCAUCCAGCUCAAGUGAAGGAAGAGUCACAAAAUGAGCUAUGCAUAGCUGUUGACAAACCUGUCCAUGAAGCUGAUGUUUCCAUCAUUGAAACUCUUACUAUUGAAGGGCUUCCUCACGAAAGGAAUAAUGAUGAGCCUACCUGCGAAACUGAGGCUUUGACUUCUGAAGUUCCCGUGGUAUCUGUUAGAUCUCCUGAUGCACAGUCACCGAAAGAGAGUGAUGCGAAGGAAAUCUCCACUGAACAAUUCUCACCAUCUCCCAUUAAGAAGAAUGAUCAGGAAGAUAGUAGCUGCUCAACAUGUUCCGAUAAAAAUUUGCAUCCAACAAUCCUAAAAGAGGAUUUAUGUGAAGAGAACAAACCAUCAUCGUCUUCAAAUGCGUCACCACUUAUUUGUAAAUUGACUGAGAAUGAUGAAGAUCUAGAUACCGCGAGUGAUGCAACAAGCAGGCAAAGUCCCAUAUCUGUUCUCGACCCAUUAUUCCAAGAAGAUGACAUUAGCCCUCCUGGCAACAAGUAUUCGAAUGAGCCUAUUCGACCACGACAAAUAAGGUUUGGAGAAGAAAUUUCUGCACCUUUAGAACGAGUUUUAAGCUGCAGGACUUGUGUGCAUGAUGACAAGUAUACGAUUGAGUUUGUUAAAGCUGUGGUCCAAAUGUCUGGUUUGUCUUGGGAGGAGCUUCUCCAAAGGUCGAUUCUCUCGGAUCAUCUUGUCGAUCCAUCAUUGCUUGAUGAAGUCGAUUUUCUCCCAGACCUGCUUUCUUGUGACUUCAAUGUUCUCUUUGAUCUUAUCAAUGAAGUUCUUAUCGAGAUCUGUUGUUUGAACUUUGGCUGCUUGCUAUCACUUACAAUGCCAUACGUUCAACCAGAGUUAAAAGGAAAAGAUAUAUUUACUGAGAUAUGGAAGAGAGUCGACUGGUACUUAAAGCUGGAGGGACCCCCACGAACGCUAGACCAGAUUGUCGAAAAAGACUUAGAAAAACCUGGGAAAUGGUUGGACCUGCAGCUUGAUUGUCAGUGCAUUGGGAUUCGAAUACAAGAAGCCAUUCUCGAAGAACUGGUGCAGGAAACAAUUUUGAGCUUUGAUACUGCGGGAUUGGAGAGUGAAUCUUCCGUCAUCCAACAGGCUGUAGCAAAGGAUAUUGACAUUGACGUUGAGGUAUGACUGCGAUUGACUUCCUUCCAGGAGCUCCCUUUGGAAAUCCGGGCAGUUAGAAAGACUCAUGGGAGCAAAGUAGAAUAGGUUGCAACCUAACAAUACAUCAGAGUUCCUGAGCAAGAAUCUGAGAUCAGCUCGUGUUUCCUAACUUGGAACAAUAGUAACAUCGGAUUGCUGAUAACGUACCACCUAGUUUCACGAAGAGUUGGCUGGAACAACUUUUCGGUAAAUGCUGUAGGAAGUGAAUAGCUGACACAACAGGUUUCCGACAGGUUCAUGCUGGGCCAAUGCAUUCGAAGUCGUGGAAACUACAUUGAUUGUUUGAGAAGUUUAUAGGAUUUAGUGUGUGUAGCGUUUUGAAGGGUGUGUGGUGGUUUAUAGUUUCUGUUUGUACAUUUUUUACUUGGGUGUUUCUCGGGGCUGAUUGGUUUUAGUUUAUUCCUCCCCUUGAUUAUAUCAUGUUAUAGCUAUAACCGAGUGUAUAAGCGUGUGUAAUUAGGAAAUAAAGAUGGAAGUGAAAAUCACACAUAUAUACACAUCUAUAUAUAUUUAGUAAUAGUGUAUCUUCUCAAAA